CGCCUGCACAGUUAGUUAGCGCCGCAUCAUGGCUGACGAAACAGCGAAGGCGCAGGCAGCCCAGCCGGGAGGAGAUACCAUUUUUGGGAAAAUUAUUCGUAAGGAGAUUCCUGCCAAAUUAAUCUAUGAAGAUGAUCAGUGUAUUGCCUUCCCUGAUAUUGCUCCUCAAGCCCCUACACAUUUCCUUGUGGUCCCCAAAAAGCCAAUUGUACAACUUUCAAAAGCUGAGGAGGGUGAUGCUGCAUUGUUGGGGCACUUAAUGAUUGUGGCAAAGAAGUGUGCAGAACAGAUGGGCCUGCCCAAAGGAUACAGGGUGGUGGUCAACGACGGGCCUGAUGGCGGUCAAUCAGUCUACCACAUUCACCUCCACGUCCUGGGUGGGCGCCAGAUGGGCUGGCCCCCCGGCUAACCGUCCUCCUACAAAGCCAUUAUGCAUCGACCUUCAUGUUUGUCCUCCGUAACAACCAGUGCUGUUCAUCUGUAGCUAAAAUGCCACUGUGUCAUGUAGGCAAAAGUUUGGAAAGUUAUUCAUGGUAAAUAAAUGUAUUUCACAACAA